GCUUGUGAAAUGUUGGGCCCAUAUUUAAUUCUAGACACUGGAGAUAUUUAUGUAGGUACAUGGUAAAUUGGUAAAAAAGAUAUGGGUUUGGGAAAUAAAUAUUUUCUAAUGGAGCUUAUUAUGUAGGAUAAUGGUUAAACGAUUUUUUAAAUGGAUAUGGCAGAUAUAUUUUUAAAAAUGGUGAUUAAUACUCAGGAGAGUUUGUUCAUGGGGAAAGAGAAGGUGUUGGAGUAUUGGUCUAUUAAGGUGGUUCCUCAUAUGAAAGUAAAUGGUUAAAGAAUUAAAAAGUAAAUAUAAUAAUAAUAUUUAAAGGAUGGUGAAGGAAGAGAAUAAACUGGAGAUGGUAAUGUCUAAGUAGGAUCAUUCAAAGCUAAUAAAAAGGAUGGUAAGGUAGAUUGAAAUAUGUAGAUGGAUGCAUUUUUUUAGAGAUGUUUAAAGAAGGUUAGAUUUGUGGAAAGGGAACCUAAACUUGGCCAGAUGGAAAAAGAUAUGAAGGAGAAUGGAAGGAUGGGAAAAUGCAUGAUUAAGGAAAAUUCAUAUGGGGAGAAACAAAGACUUUUAAAGGAGAGUAUGUAAAUAAUGUGAGGUAAGGGUAUGGAGAAUACAGUUGGCCAGAUGGGAGAACAUACAAAGGAGGAUGGAAGAAUGGAGUUAUGCAUGGGAAAGGUUUAAUGAUUUGGCCUGAUUAGAGAUUACAGAAAGGGAUUUGGAUCAAUGGAUAGAAACAAAUUACUAAAGAAGAAUAGACUUUAUUAUCAAAAGUAAAGAAGCCUAAAACUGCUGAUACAUCUGUAAAUAAGACUAAGGAUUUUGGUGCUGAGAUUAAGGAAGAAAAAGAACAAUAAAAAAAGUAAUUUAUGCCUCAAUCUAAAAUAUAAUAAAAGAAGAGCAAAACAGAAUCUUAAAAUUGA